AUGAUUCCAGAAUCAGAGUAUCCGAAUUAUAUGCUUUUCUUUGACAACUUUUUCACCAGUGUUGACACACUGAUAACGCUCGGAAAGAGUAAAAUGAAAGCUACAGGAACAAUAAGAGAGACCCGAACUAAUGCAUGUCCUUUGAUUGACUCGAAAAGAAUGGGAAAAGAAAAGGAACAAGGAUUCUAUGACUACAUGUUUGACAAAGAGAACGAAGUUCUGGUUUUGAAAUGGAGUGACAACAAACCAGUAUGUGUAGCAACAAAUUACAGUACUAUUACUCCUCUGAGUUCUACUAAAAGAUACUCACAGGCAAAGAAAAAGGAAAUAUCUGUUACAAUGCCACAUCUCACUGAAGAAUACAAUGCCCAUAUGGGUGGCGUAGAUCUACUGGACAAGGAGAUAUCACUUUAUAGGACAAGGAUAAGGUCAAAGAAAUGGUGGUGUCCAUUAUUCACACACAUGAUAGAUAUCUGCGUAGUAAACACAUGGCGUGCAUAUCAAAUUGCUAACUCUAAUGAGAAGCUCUCACUUUUGGAUGUCCGACAGGAAAUAGUGAAGUUUUACCUAUCAAAGAAAACAGUAUCAGAACCAAAACGCAGAGGACCACAAGGAAGCAAAUUGAUGGGCGGACGGGUGAACACAGAUUUACGACUAGAUCCAGGAAAUCAUUUCAUUGUGCCAAGUAAAACACAGAAGAGAUGUGCUUACUGCAAGAAAAAAACAACAAAAAUUUGUGAUAGGUGCAAUGUUGGUGUACACGACAAGUGUUUUGCUUCAUUUCGUACUGAAUAG